UUUAAAGAAAGCUCUGGUUUUGUUUCAUUUUCAGCUGGAGACUUAAAUGACACCAAGCAAAGCCUACUUAGUUUAGAUUUCCAGGAACUGGAUUUUUGUUGAAAAGCAAGCAUGAAGUUGGCAGGACUGUUCUGUUUUCUUGUGCUUAUCGUUUGUCAAACUAACUUAGGCCAAAAUGAAGAAACCCCUAGGAAGCAAAGAAAGAAGAUGCAUUAUAGAAGACUGAGGAAAAACUCCAAGUUGAACCAAGGGUCUAGCAGUCAGCUCAGAACUUGGCAGACUACGAUGGCCACUCCCUCAGCCACACUUGCCACGGUUAACCUGGAUUAUAGCAUGGAGGAUAAAUUUGAAUCUUUUUCAAGUGUUCUUGGAGUAGAAUCAAGCUACAAUGUGUUACCAGGAAAGAAGGGACGUUGUAUGGCAAAUGGGAUGACCAUGUACAACAGAGCCGUUUGGUCUCCUGAGCCCUGUAUUACCUGCCUCUGCUUGGAUGGACGCGUGCUCUGUGAUGAGGUCACGUGCCCCCGUCAAACAUGCCCCCAGACGGUCACACCUGAUGGAGAAUGCUGCCCUGUCUGCUCUGAUUCUGCCUCCUACUUGCUACUCACUGGCAUAGAAUUAAAUGAUAGAACUGAAUUUUCUGGUGAUUCUUCAGAACAAAGAGAACCUGUCGAUUCACUUCACAAGCGGUUGCCGUCUCCUCAAGUGGAAACAAACCAAGCACUGAGUAAAGAAGAGUUUCAAUUUGAGGAGAAUGAAGAUGAAACAAAAGAAGAUGAAAAAAGGAAGAAAAAUAAAAAGAGCUCUGGACCUAAAAAUCAGGGUAGACUUCCCAAUGAGGGGCAAAGCAAAGAAGGGGAAACAAAGAGGCCUGGAGAGGAGGGCAAUCAGGUGCUCCGGCUUGGAAACCCAGCCAGGAAGGAGGAUGAGGAAGAUGAGGAGAAUGCGGCCGAGGAGGAUGAGCAAGAUGAGGAGGACGAUGUCAGAGGAGAUGCCUUCAGAAUGCCCUCACGACCCCCCAUUCCUGCUCCUCCUACUAGAGGCCAACCCACCCUGCCCAGCAGGUGCGCUCUGUCCUACAGGACCAUCAGCUGUAUCAGCACUGACCUCACACAGAUACCACCACUAACCGCGUCAGAGAUAACAAGCCUGGAGCUCAUUGAUAACUCCAUCAUCUCCAUUCCGGAUGAAGCAUUUAAUGGAUUACCCAAUUUGGAAAGGCUUGAUCUAAGCAGAAAUAAUAUCAGUUCUUCAGGCAUAGGUCCCAAAGCCUUCAAGCUUCUGAAGAAGUUAAUGCGCUUGAAUUUGGAUGGAAACAAUCUGGUUGAGAUUCCUUCAGGAUUACCUUCUACAUUAGAAGAACUUAAAAUCAAUGAGAACAACCUUCAGGCUCUGGAUGAAGACAGUUUAUCAGACUUAAAUCAGUUGGUCACCUUAGAACUGGAAGGGAACAAUCUCAGUGAAAUCAAUGUCAAUCCAUUAGCUUUCAAGCCCCUGAAGAGCCUCUCCUACCUGCGUCUGGGAAGAAAUAAAUUCAGAAUUAUACCACAGGGUCUUCCUGAUUCUAUUGAGGAAUUAUACUUAGAAAAUAACCAAAUUGAAGAAAUAACUGAACUUUGUUUUAAUCGUACCAGAAAUAUCAAUGUCAUUGUAUUACGAUAUAAUAAAAUUGAAGAAAACAGGAUUGCUCCUUUAGCCUGGAUAAAUCAAGAAAAUCUAGAGUCAAUUGACCUCUCCUACAACAAGCUCUACCAUGUUCCCUCCUAUCUACCCAAGUCCCUGCUGCACCUCGUGCUCAUCGGGAACCAGAUAGAGCGCAUCCCUGGCUUUGUGUUGGGCCACAUGGAGCCAGGCCUGGAGUACCUCUACCUGUCAUUUAACAAACUCACUGACGACGGGGUAGACCGGGUCUCAUUCUAUGGAGCAUAUCAUUCUCUGCGAGAACUGUUUCUGGAUCACAAUAACUUAAAAUCUAUACCACCUGGGAUACAAGAAAUGAAAGCACUACAUUUCCUGAGGUUGAACAACAACAAGAUACGGAAUAUUCUUCCAGAACAAAUUUGUAAUACUGAAGAAGAUGAUGACUCAACCCUGGAACAUCUUCAUCUUGAAAACAAUUAUAUUAAAACAAGGGAAAUAUCAUCCUAUGCAUUUUCAUGCAUAAGAUCAUAUUCAAGCAUUGUUCUUAAACCACAAAAUGUCAAGUAAUUCCAAGUUUUCCUUGCCAUUUCUAAAUUGUAGUCUUAUGUUUAUUGCAGGAGUAUUUGUCAUCAGUAGGAAAGAUAAUUGCCUCAAACUAUGUUCAAUAUUGUUAAGCAGUCAACCAAAUCCAUCAAUACACAGAUGGAUAACCACAAACAAGGUUUAGUCUUUUAGCAGCAUUAGUGACAGUUACAGUUUCACAUCUCUAGAAAGAAAUCAUCCUAUUGCAAGCUUUUUUCUCCUGACAAUAGGAUGUUAUGUGCACUGCAGAGCUAGGCUGGGAAAACCUGGGACAAAGUAAAUUCCUCCUUAGAACAGACUUCAGUAUUACUGUGAGUUGAGAAUCCCAUAUGUCUCUUUAAAAAUUAUGUAUGUUAUGGUUUAAUAGCAAGACAUUAUAUAAUGGCAGGAAGAAGUGACAGGUACAAUUUGUGAAUUAGUGUUUUGUUUAUUAUUUUGCUGUGAAAACAAUAGUAAGACCAUAAUGCUACAAGUAUUGUAUAAAUAGUUACUGGCUUGACUUUAUGCCUUCUAGUAAUUACAUGUGUGAAAUUAAAACACUACUGCAAAGUUAACAUCUAGUUUUUGAGAAUUGUACUAUGGCAUGGAUGUGUUUGUUAAAAUUAGGGGAAGCUCUAGCAGGGUAUAUGUGAGCUCCAUAGUAUUUAAGACUUUUCUAAGUAAGACUUUUGAAAGACUAAAAAAUAUUUUAAGAUCAACCUCUCUAUUCUUUACUCAGGACCAAAAGUUUUUAUGAAAGCAGUAGCAUUUGUUUAAAAUAAAUUAAUUAUCCUUGAUGAGAACUUUGUAAAAUGUGGACCCAAUGCAUGAAAUUUUGAAAAUUUUUGCUCUGUUGGUCAUUAUUAAUGUUAUCUUCUUUGCCCCAAUUUACUCAAAUGUAUCUUUUAUUCAAUCUAACCUAUUAGUAUUUACUAUGUGCUAGAUUCCACCAAAACCAUUUAUUAAAAUUUUAUCAUGCAGUGAUCCUCUAUCUUUAGUUUUAGAAUGAUGUAUAAAAGACACAUGAAAACCAUGCUGACUUAUCUUGCUACUCUCAGUUUUGCUCCUGAAAAAUACCAGACUAAGAACUUCAAGUCCUGUCUUGACACUUUGGGCAGGUUACUCCAAUAUUUCAAGCUUUAGUUAGUAUUUUAAUAGUUCUCUCCCCAUGAUCACAACCUUUCAGCCCCACUUCACAAGGAUGCUAUGAAGAUCAGAGAAGAAUAAAAAGCAUCUGGGAAAGUUGGAGUGCAGGGCAAAUGUGGUUAUUAUUACCAACCUUUCAUAUAAAAUUGAGAGCAACAGCACAUUCAACUGAAGUUGAUUAUUUUCUGGGCAUCUUUCAAAACGUUAAGUUUGAUUCACCCACUUGAGUUAA